AUGAAUGCAAAUGAUAAAGAUUUCAUUGCUUUAUUCUGCCGAGUUAUACUAUUCUACAUUUUUUCAUCUAAUUCCUGCUACGCAAUUUAUAACAUAACUUCAUCUCAUGCAUUAUCCCAGGGCCAAACUCUGGUCUCCUCCAACCAAAUUUUCGAGCUAGGCUUCUUUAGUCCCAAUAGCUCUGCAAAUACGUACGUGGGAAUCUGGUAUAAGAAAUUCUCACCCUUUACAGUUGUGUGGGUGGCAAACAGAGACAACCCCGUUACAGUUGCAGACUCUCCAUCAAGUCUAACGAUUGGUAGCAAUGGAAAUCUAGAGCUCUUGGAUAGAAACCGCAACUCUGUUUGGUCUACCAAUGUCAAAAUCCGAUCCAAUAAUAGCUCAGUGGCAAUUCUUUCUGAUUACGGAAGUUUAAUACUCAAAGAUGAUACACAGAGCUUAUGGAAGAGCUUUGAGCAUCCUGGGGACACAUUCUUACCAGGAGCAGAGUUGGGUCGUAAUGUCAAAACUGGGGAGAGUUUUGUGUUGACUUCGUGGAAUAGCAAUAGUGACCCUUCAGUUGGAGAUUUCACUUUUGGAGUUUCCAAAACGAAACCACCAGAAGUUGCCAUUUGGAUAAACGAAUCGAAGGUACUAUGGAGAAGUGGACCAUGGGCUAAAACUAAGUUCACGGGUAUACCAGAUAUGGAUACAAGUUAUGGAAGUCUUUUCAAUAUCGUAGAAGAUGCAGAAGAAGGAACGAUACGUCUCCAAUAUAAUUGGGACUACAACAACUCCGAUAUGAUAGUGGGAAAUUUAUUCAUCACAUCUACAGGUGUUCUAACCCUUGAGUAUAAAAAAAUACACGAAGGCGGCGAUUGGAAUACGGACUGGGUGGCACCAGCAACUUGGUGCGAUAUCUAUGGAACUUGUGGGCCUUUCGGGGUAUGCAACGACUCGGAGUCUCCCAUUUAUAAGUGUUUGAAAGGUUUUGAACCAAAAUCAUUUGAAGAGUGGAGCAAAGGAAAUUGGACUGGAGGGUGCCUGAGACGGAACCAAUUAAGUUGUGACAAAAACACCACUGGUUUAGCCUCACAGAGAGGUAAAAACCAUGGAUUUUGGAAGAUAGAUAAUGUGAAACUUCCCGAUUUAUAUGAAUAUGAGAUCGACUAUUCUGACAAGGAGAGCUGUCAAAAAUGGUGCCUGAAUAAUUGCUCUUGCAUAGCUUAUGCAUAUGUAGAAGGAAUAGGGUGUUUAGUCUGGUACAAAGGCCUGAUUGACAUUAGUCCCUAUGAUGCAGAAGACCUUUUCCUUCGCCUUGCUGACGCAGAAAUAGGUGAGAGAGAACAUGCCUUGGAAAAUGUAGGAGAUAUAUCAACCUGUAUAGAUUAG